AUGGAUGAAGGCAAAACAUUGAAAAUCCGGCUGACUUUCUCUGUUAUUUUGGUUGGCAUCUCUUUAAUGUUUGCAGCUGUGGUGACUGAUCACUGGGCAGUGCUGAGCCAUAGAGUGGAGCAUUACAAUUCCACCUGUGAGGCUGCUCACUUCGGGCUAUGGCGGCUCUGCACAAAACAGUUUUACAUCCAAGACAAAGCUACCAAAGAGAGGAGCUGUGGGCUGAUAACUCUGACUGGAGACCGUAACUGUUCCUACUUCAAACACUUCUCUCCAGGACAGAGCACAGAGAUAUUUGAAAGAACCACCCAAAAAGAGUACAGCAUUUCAGCUGCAGCCAUUGCCAUCUUCAGUGUGGGCUUUGCAAUCAUCGGAACAAUCUGCAUCCUCUUAUCCUUUAGGAAAAAGAUGGAUUAUCUCCUGAAGCCAGCGUCGAUGUUCUACACCUUUGCAGGCCUGUGCAUGAUCAUCUCUGUUGAAGUCAUGAGACAGUCUGUGAAAAGGAUGAUUGACAGCAAGGAGACUAUCUGGAUAGAAUACUAUUAUUCAUGGUCUUUUGCCUGUGCCUGCGCCUCCUUCGUCCUGCUCUUCAUCUGUGGGAUCGCUCUUCUGCUAAUCUCCUUGCCUCCCUUCCCACAGAAUCCAUGGGAGUCUUGUAUGGACGCAGAACCAGAGCAUUAA